AGGCGUGGGUAUGACUUGGAGUAUGUGGGCGGGGUCUGGACGCUGUGUGUUGCCGGUGAACUCUAGCGCCCGUGUGUCAGGAAGCGCAGUCCCGGCAGUCAGCAGAGCUCUCCCGGCUACAGCGAGCUGUCCAGCACCGGCGGCAUGGCCUCCCUGGCGGUAGACGACAGCAGCUCCAACAAGGUGAGGUCAGUAUCUGUGGAUCUCAACACUGACCCCUCCCUGCAGAUUGAUAUUCCAGAUGCACUAAGCGAGCGUGAAAAGGUCAAGUUUACUGUCCAUACAAAGACCACAUGGAACACCUUUCAGAGUCCGGAAUUCUCUGUGACCCGUCAACAUGAAGACUUCAUUUGGUUACAUGAUGUACUUACGGAGACCGAGGAGUAUGCUGGAAUUAUUAUACCACCGACUCCUGCAAAACCUGAUUUUGAUGGGCCCAGAGACAAAAUGCAAAAGCUCGGAGAAGGCGAGGGCUCCAUGACAAAGGACGAAUUUGCCAAAAUGAAACAAGAAUUGGAAGCUGAGUAUUUGGCCGUGUUUAAGAAGACCGUGUCGGUGCAUGAAGUCUUCCUCCAGAGAAUCGCCUCUCACCCCAUCUUGAGCAAAGACCACAACUUCCAUAUAUUCCUGGAAUACGACCAAGAUCUAACUGUAAGAAGAAAAAAUACAAAAGAAAUGUUUGGAGGGUUUUUCCGGAGCGUGGUGAAGACUGCGGAUGAAGUUCUUUUUUCUGGUGCAAAGGAAGUUGAUGAAUUCUUCGAGCAAGAAAAAAUGUUUCUUGUCAAUUAUCACAAUAGGAUUAAGGACUCCUGCGCCAAAUCUGACAAAAUGACGCGAUCUCACAAAAAUGUAGCGGACGAUUACAUCCACAUUUCUGCUGCUCUGGUCUCUCUAGCCGAUGAGGAGAACACUCCUGUUAGAAAAUAUCUACUGAAGUUAGCAGAAUUGUUUGAAAAACUCAGGAAAGUAGAAGCCAGAGUUGCUUCAGAUGAAGACCUAAAGCUGUCCGAACUCUUACGAUACUAUGUGCUCAAUAUCGAAGCUGCCAAGGACCUAUUGAUGAGGAGGACAAAGAGCCUGGUCGAAUAUGAGAACUCAAACAAAGCUCUUGAUAAGGCCAGGUUGAAAAGCAAAGAUGUGAAACAGGCCGAGCUGCAUCAACAACUGUGCUGCCAGAAAUUUGAGAAGCUCUCGGAGUCUGGGAAACAGGAACUGACUAGCUUCAAACAAAGAAGGGUGUCUGCUUUCCGAAAAAACCUGGUAGAGAUGACAGAGUUAGAAAUUAAGCAUGCCAAGAAUAACAUGUCCUUAUUACAAAGCUGCAUUGACCUCUUUAAAAACAGCUAAAAAGGAGCCUUAACCUAAAGAAGCACCAACUUCAAUGUGAUCUAAACUUUGGGUCCUAGAAGAUUACCAUAGAAGUCAAGCUAUAUAUUAGUAUAUAUGUUUUGUAAAGUUUCUAACAAUGGGGGAAAUCUAAUUUCUAUACUAAAGAUGAUAUUUUCUUUAAGCUUUGCGCAAAAAGUUUAAGCUGAUCUUUUUUCUGUAUUUGUUGGGCAAGAUCUGCUUCAUUGUAUAUAUUAAUACAAAUAUACAUACAAA